UUUUUUUGUAACAAGCCAAAAUGGUUUUGUCAUCUCUAAGCAAAGCAAUUUCAGGGAAAUGAGUCCAAUAUCUUUCUGGAUCAAGUGUCACCACCAUCUUUCACUAAUUAUAAAAUUACCCAAAUCCUUACAUUGGAGGAAAGAACAAUCUCAUUCACCUCUUUUCAAAGCAAACAUCAUUUAACGGUGCUUGCCGAUCGAAGUCAAAAUGGAAAAUGAAAAAGAGAUUCCAACCUCAAUCUGCAAAGACAUUCCCAAUCUCCUUUCUUCUUUCGUCGACACCUUCGUCGACUUCUCAGUCAGCGGCCUCUUCCUCCCCCCACCGCCGCCGCCAUCUACGCCGCCCACCCGACUCCCCUCUCCCAAACGCCUCAUCGCCAUUGGCGACCUCCACGGCGACCUCAACAAGUCAAAACAAGCCCUACGCCUCGCCGGACUAAUCGACUCCUCCGACAAUUACACUGGAGGCUCCGCCACUGUUGUCCAAGUCGGCGAUGUCCUCGACCGCGGCGACAACGAGCUGAAAAUCCUUUACUUUCUGGAGAAGCUGAAACGACAAGCCGCGCGAUGUGGUGGAAGCUUCGUAACCAUGAACGGAAACCACGAGAUUAUGAACAUCGAAGGGGAUUUCCGUUACGUAACGGAAGGUGGAGUGGAGGAAUUUAGGGUUUGGUUAGAAUGGUUCCGUGAGGGUAACAAGAUGAAGAGUCUAUGUCAAGGUUUGAAACCGCUGAAGGAUCCGUUAGAAGGUAUCGAAGUUGAGUUUCGUGGUGCGAAUAAGAAGUUUCAUGAAGGGUUUCGUGCUAGGGUUGCGGCUUUGCGGCCGAACGGCCCGAUUUCUAGAAGGUUUUUUACUGACAAUGUAACUGUGUUGGUUGUUGGGGAAUCGAUUUUCGUCCACGGUGGUUUGUUGCCGGAUCAUGUUUAUUACGGGUUGGAGAAUAUUAAUGCUGAAGUGAGUGAUUGGAUUAGAGGUUCGACCGGACGAUUUUCGCCGCCUUAUUGCCGAGGGAGGAAUGCUGUUGUUUGGCUUAGGAAAUUCUCUGACGAGGUUGCUGUGAAUUGUGAUUGUUCGACUCUUGAGCAUGUUCUGUCUACGAUUCCUGGUGUUAAGAGAAUGAUCAUGGGUCAUACUAUUCAGAUGAAUGGGAUUAAUGCGGUUUGUGAUAACAAGGCUAUUCGAAUCGAUGUGGGUAUGUCGGACGGAUGUGGUGGUGGUUUGCCUGAGGUUUUGGAAAUCAAUGAGACUUUUGGAGUGAGGAUAUUGACAUCGAAUCCGUUGUACCAGAAUAAAGAAAGUGCUUUUGGAAUUGAUGUUGGGAAGAAGGAAGAAGGUCUUGGAUUGUUGCUUACUGAACAAGGCGGACCUAGGCAAGUCAAAGUUAAGGCUUGAAGGCUUUUUAAAAUAAUGGGUUGCAGUUCAACAUUGUUUAGACUAAGGGAAAAUGUUGCAAUAAAGGUUUCUUCUUGUGCAUUGGAGUUAGAGGUAUCUCUUUCAUUUGCAUUAUUAUUUAUUGAUAAAUCUGUAUUAGAUUUCAGAUUGGAGAAUAUUAGAAUAGGUUUUGACUCUCAUUAAAUGUUAUUUUGAUAAAUUUGUUAGCAUUCGGUUUAUUUUGAUAAAUUUGUUAGCAUUCGGUUACUUUAAGGCUAGUAUGACAAAAUUGAUUUUCUUACUGAUGUUAUGAUGUUACUAUCAAAUGUUAUUUUGUAGAGGUUAUUUAUUAACCAUAAUUCAUUAUUAGUAAUAGGUAUAUCUCUUACCAAUGUUGGAUUUUGAAGAUUUGAAUUUCUUAAGACACAUUAGGAAAGAUACAUUCAAUGAUAAUUAAACUAUAAGUAGUUUUGAUAGUGAUAUGGUGGCCUAUUUUUCCCUUCAAAGUAGUAACACUAUAUCAUUGUGAGCUUAGAGUCUUUCGGCAAUCAUAUAAGGCCACGAGAAAGAAAAGAUCAGUGAUUACCAGUCAUACAAUAAAACUUUGGAUCAUAAUCUUUGUUAGAAAUUAGUCAAUUGAUGUUCCUAUAUCCAAGAAAAAUCAAUUUAUGGUUCUACCAGUCUAUUUUUUCUGUGGAUUGUUGGCGUAUUGUUUCUUUAUAGAUAGUAACCAAGUUAUUAGCUGUCGAGUUUAAGAUAAUAACUAUGCCACCAUUUUCUGGAACUUCUUCAUUGCUUUGUCUAUCAUCAACUUGUCUUCUGUAUCAAAUACUCUCUGAGUUUUGUCGGGUGAAUAUCCUUGGCAGUUGUCUGUGCAAAAAAAAAAAAAAAUUACUCUCAUUACAAUAGAAAGGGCACCUUAGAGAAUCAAUGCUUUUGACGAAAUAGUUUUGAUCAACCUUGUCUUUAAAUACGAAGGUUAAAUUUUAUUCCAUGAAUAAAAUAUAGUAUUUAAAGUUCAUUCAAAUGGAAGUGUGAAAAAGGUGAUUUAUUUAUUGGAUUCUAGAGUUAACAUACACCAAACUAGCUCAUGGUUUUAUAUGGUGAUGGUUAGUUUUAGCAUAUUUAUGCACUUCAAUGUUGUAAUUUAGACUCUCACCUCAACCAAUAAAAUGAUCAGGACUUUGCCGUCAAAUGUGGUCAUGUUUGCAUUUACCACAUGCAGUCCAAAUGAAUCUAUUGCUUCCAUCAACUCUGAAAACCCACUCCGCUUCAUUUCACAGCACAACUUGAUCAUGAAUUCUGUUCCGCGAACAUGAUUCACUUCUACUUGCAACUAAGAAAAUGUUAAGAGAUUAUAUUAGGCCCCUAAGACAUGAUGUAAUGAAAUUCAGUUCCAUCCAUGAAUUUGGAAAACAAUAUGUUUAAGUUAUUAUGCAAAUUUUAUGUACCUCCAUUUGUGUCUUUCUAAUGGAAUCAAAAGAACUUUGAUGAAGCUCACUGAGAGGUUGUUCUUUGUCUCCUUGCACCUUCAUUUGUAGUGUGUUCUUUUUACAAUCCUCAACAUCUAAAACAUCAACCUUUUCUUGAAGUUCUAUCUUUUGCCUCUGCAAUUCCUUUAUGUAUUCAAUUGCAUCAUCCACAAUUGCUGCUCUAUCCAUCUGCGAACAUUGAGUGCAUUAAAUACUUAUUGCAUAUUCAGAUUGAUAGUGAGUUUGACUAAAUCACGGAGACACCUUAUUUUUUUGAAGCUCCACCGUAAUUCUGACGAGCUCAAUGUCAAUCCAACAUACUUUAAAGAAAAUUCAAGAGUGAAAAGUAUUGGAUGCAUGCUCUUAAAUUACACAAUUUAGCUCUACCUUGGUUAUAUUAGGGACUAGAGACCUUAGAGUAAAAAGCCCCUGUUUAAUUCUUUUCCUCCUAUUCCUCUCUGUGAUAAGAUUUUUAGCAUGAUACAUUUCCUUUUGAGGCUCCUUAACAGUUUCUACUUUAACUUCUUCGCCAUUUCCAUAAUGGAAACUCUUAGUUUUAUUGUACCCGCGGCUUUUAACUUUUAGUAUAGGAGAUAUUUCAACCGGUUGAUUCAGACAUUCAUGUGGAACCAAGCAAUCAAAUUUUGAAUCAAAUGAGAAGUAUUCUGUUGAAGGAUUAGAUCCAUUGGAGGGUCCUUCAAUGCUUGGAUUAGAGCUGCUAUGGUUUUCUGCAGAUAGACCGGGAGAAGGGUAAUAAUGCUCAUUGAAGUUCAUGUUGGUAUAGCUCUGUGCAGACAUGGCUUCUUGCUUUAUAGGGACACAGCAGUGUGCUGAUAUGAACUCGAUGAUGUUUAUAUCUUUUGCUAUCUGAGAAAGACAAAGAACUUACCAUCUUUAGAGUUUUCAACCAGAGAGUAAUGCCAAUAAGUACUAGGAUGUGCAUCUUACCAGCUUUGAAGUGAAGAGCUCCACAAGACCACCCAAAAUAGGAAUCAAAACUUGAGUUCCAAUUGAGUCCUGUCAAAAUAUUGAUAAUUUGAUAUAUAUAGUUUAUGAUAUAUUAUUAAAUAAGGUAAAAAAAUAAACUGAUAAGAAUAGAAUGAAAAAUAUUAGAAAAAUUUACCUCCUGGAUAUGCCAUAUUGGUUGUUGUGAAAUUGCAACCUCUCCAUGAACACUGUUGAUCAAUUCCAUUGGUUAAACAUAGAAAACUGACAUUUAAUAUAUAUAUACAAUGAGAGGGAGUGAGAGAGAGACCUAGAAUAAAGAGACAUUGCAAAAGGAAGCUUUGCAAGAGCCUCACAAGUCUUUGUUCUAACUGGAUGGGGAAAGAGGGUAUCCCUACAAAUGGGAGCCAUCUUGUAUUCCUCUUUUUUGAUCUUCACCUUCUCAAUGUUGCCACCACAACAACAACAACCCAUCCAUUCAAUAAAACUACACAAGAGAAAAAGAAUGGAUAAAAAAGACUACUAUGAAUGAAUAUCAAAGUGAAUUAUGCAGGAAUAGUAUAGUACCUAGUUGGGUCAUUUCCAUAUUUCCAAACAACAACAUAGUCCCAAGCUUUAGUCUCAACAAAGGGUCUAAGUAAUUCAACAACAUCCAUAAUACCUUAUGUGAAUGCACCUUUAAACCUUAUAAUAAUUUCUCAGUGUGGUUUUUCUACCUAUACCUUUUAGGUGUCUCUUUUUAAACUGUUAUUUUUCCCAUUCAUUUUGAAGCACAUGGUACACGACAGUUAGUUAUCAAUUUGGGGUUGGUGUAUCUUAUAGCAUCAUUGGUAAUCAGCAGCAUAUCUUUUUGACAGAAGUUGUUUUUAACUAACUUACUACUGCUAGGCAGUGAAUUGCAAAAGGAGAAUAAACUUGAAUGCUAGUAUUAAAUUAGUGUAUGUAUUGUACUACAUAUAUACUUUUCUGAUAGUAUUUUAUUUUAAUUUUACCUUUUAUUCUUUUUGAGAUGGGAAAUAUUUAAAUUAUUUUCUUUAUACUUGUUAUGUUGUUUGUUUUACUUAUUGUAUUUAAAUACUUUUAAUUUUUUAAGACAUGAAAAAAAAUUAUUCUUUUUAAGAUGCGAAAUACUUAAAUUAUUUUCUUUAUACUUAUG